UUUUCUUCCAACAGGAGUGGCUAAGGUCCGAGGCUCACGGUUUUCCGCCUUGCUGUCUGCUCGACCCUCCCGCCGUCCGUCGCCUCCGCUCCGGGCGGCCAUUUCCGCCGCCGCCGCCGAGCGUGCGCCGCCGCGUCUAGGUUCCUAACGCAGCCUGGCCUCUUCCAAAGUAUUUCAGAACCACCCCUCAUGAUAUAGUUAGUUGCACGCGUGCAAUCUAAUUUGGCGGUCUGGAAUGUUGUCUGCUGCGAGUUCAUAAUUCUAGGCUUUUCGUCCAAUUCUGAACUAGUUCUUCUCUGUCUUCGCCAAUUUUGGGACUUCUAAAAUGUCUCCUUUGACCUCAUCAUCGGUAACAGCUCCGUCCUGUUCUUGCGUAUAUAAAUCAUAUAGUUUGAAACCACAUAAGAAUGCUUCUUCCGUCAUAAGAGUUCCUGCUUGUCGCAAAGCUUCAUCCGGUGUUACCGGGCGUAUGCACACAGUUUUCAUACGCCCACCUUCAGACAGUUCAAAGGGUGCUCCGAGAGAUUGCAGUUCUCAGUCCUUCACUAGUGAUGAUACUUUAUUUUUUGAUUGGGGGGAUCAAGACCUGGAUGGCAAUGAGGAUGUGGACUCUCCAUGGGAAGGUGCUGUUGUUUAUAAGAGAAAUUCUUCAGUUUCACAUGUAGAAUACUGUACCACCCUAGAGAGGCUUGGGUUAGAGAAGCUUUCGACAGAGUUAUCCAAAUCUAGGGCCUCAGCGAUGGGAAUUCGUGUGACCAAGGCCGUGAAGGAUUAUCCUCACGGAACACCGGUACAGAUAUCAAUUGAUGUCAGUAGGAAGAAGCAAAAGUUGAGGCUCGACGGGAUAAUAAGAACUGUCAUCACUCUUGGUUGUAACAGGUGCGGCGAGCCUGCCGCUGACUGCAUAUACACCAAUUUCUCACUUUUGUUGACUAAAGAUCCCAUUGAAGAGCCUGAACUUAUCGACAUGGGGGUCAUCUUUGGAGAAGACAAGUCCAAACCAUUCCCAACUGGUGAGGAAGGAGACGACGAGGACGAGGCUUCUAUCGACCUGGAGGAUCGGCUGUAUUUUCCUCCCGAAGAGAAGGAAAUCGACAUCUCGAAGCACGUGAGGGACUUGGUGCACCUGGAGAUCACCAUAAGUGCCGUGUGCGAUCCUAAUUGCAAGGGCCUGUGCCUCCAAUGCGGUACGAAUCUGAACACCGGCAGUUGCAGUUGCGGGGAAGAGCAGGCGGAAAAGAAAGUUCGGGGCCCUCUCGGAAACCUUAGAAAGCAAAUGCAGCCAAAUUGAUAUUGAACCGGUGUAAUCGUAACUUUUUGUUCGAUACAUUUUUGUCAAUUGAUUGACAUUUUUGCUGUCGUUUAUGCAAGUGCUACAAAAUGAAGCAUUAAGACUGUCCAAGCUGGCUUAAGGUUAAAGAAUAUGAAGUGCCAAUUGGUGACACCAGUGUAAGUCAUCAAGCUCAUUGCACCAAAUUGACCAUUGCAAUGCGACGGCAUUACUCUCGACAAGCUUAAAA